AUGUUGAGCAGCAGCAAGUUCGUCGACGUGUGCAUCGUCACCUUGGCCCUGUCCAGCGGAGCGCGCGCAGAGCAGGCCGUGGCCCAGACACUGGUCGGCGGCCCGGGGUUUGUCGGCGUUGGCGUCCCCGGUGUUGCAAGCAUCGGAGUGGGCGGCCUGGGUGUGUACGGCCCUGGCGUCUACGGCCCCGGAGUCUACGGUCCCGGCGUCUACGGCCCUGGUGUCUACGGCCCCGGUGUGGGCGUGGGCGUGGGCGGCUAUGGCGCGCCUGCUGCCCCCGCGGCUUACAACAGCUACCCGAGCACGAACGGCGGCGGUGCCACAGCAAGUGCGUCAGCGACUGCGAACGCCAACCGCAAGCUCCGCUCGCAGGGAUGA